UUCGAGUGGAUAGGAGGAGCAGGGGGGGUCUAGAGGGCAGGCUGCCGGGGAAUAUAUACGGGGCUCGACAGCCUGCUUGCUUGUAACACAAGGUCCCUUUACAGAAUUAUCCACGCUCCGCUGGAGCCGCCUCUCCCCGCCCCCUUCCGUCCCUCCGACAACACGCAGCCUCCGUCCUCAUGGGCUCACACGCUGCGUGAUCCUCAUCACAAACCGACGGAGCGGCGGCUUGGCCGAGCCUCAUGGAGUAGUGGGACUAGUAGUAGUAGUAGGAGGAGGUGGGCUGCUCCCGGUCGCCUUUUGUUGCUUUUUUUUUAUUAUUUCUUUUUUACUAAAUCACCCCCACCUUCUUCUUUUAUGGAGUCGCCUUUUUUGCCUGCACCCUCCUGGAAUAUCGCUGCGUCUCAUCGCGAGUGAGCUUCUUUGAAUCUUAAGAGCACAUAAGUCUCCUGACUGGGGACAAGAUGGCGUCCAACAACACUUUACGCAGCUACUCCAUCAUCCCCUGCUUCAUCUUUGUGGAGCUGGUCAUCAUGUCUGGCACGGUGCUGUUGGCCUACUACAUGGAGUGCACGGACCUGUUCAGUGUGCACGUGCAGGGCUUCUUCUGCAACGACGCUGAGCUGAUGAAGCCGUACCCCGGCUUGGAGGAGUCCAGCUUCGUCCCUCCCCUCAUCCUCUACUGUGUGGUCGCAGCUGCUCCUACUGUUAUAAUCUUCAUUGGGGAGGUGUCCAUGUACGUGAUGAAAUCAACGAGGGAAGCCCUCCUGGCCCAGGAGAAAACGAUAGUGACAGGAGAUUGUUGUUACCUCAAUCCACUAAUUCGCCGCAUCAUACGCUUUAUAGGUGUGUUUGCGUUCGGCCUGUUUGCCACGGACAUCUUCGUCAAUGCAGGCCAGGUAGUGACCGGAGGCCUCUCGCCUUACUUCCUGUCGGUCUGCAAGCCCAAUUACACCGGCACCGAGUGUCGGUUCAAUCACCAGUUUAUUGUCAACGGAAACAUUUGCACUGGGAACCCCACUGCUGUGGAGAAAGCUCGCCGCUCUUUCCCAUCCAAGGAUGCGUCGCUGAGUGUUUACUCCGCCGUGUACCUGACGAUGUACAUCACCAGCACAAUCAAGACCAAGUCGAGCCGUCUUGCCAAGCCCGUGCUCUGUCUGGGCACGCUCUGUUCGGCCUUCCUCACCGGCCUCAAUCGGGUGUCUGAGUAUCGGAACCACUGCUCGGAUGUCGUGGCUGGGUUUAUACUGGGUUCGGCCAUUGCACUGUUUCUGGGCAUCUGUGUUGUGAACAACUUUAGAGGUGUUCAUAAUGCAGCAACCAAACAGAAGACCGAGGAAUACCGUGGUCUUCCAUUGAUGACUUUUCCCCGCGUAGAGAGCCCUCUGGAGACCCUCAGCGCGCAGAACCACUCGGCGUCGAUGACGGAGGUCACAUGACUAAGGGGGCAGCACCGGGUCACGUUUGCGUCUCCACAGCACUUCCAGGCACAAUGACGAGGACGCAUGCCACGUGGCGCCGAAUGCAUACAACAACAACAAAAAGAGAAAUCACUCCGGAUUUAUCAGUUUAAACCACCUGGAGGACAGAAUGCUCCAUGUUUGUAGUGGUUUUCAUUUAGCUUGGCCACUCUCGAUUCGACCGGCCAAGAUCCAAAAAUCGAACCAGUGCAAAAGCAUCACAAAGCCAACUUACUGUAAGCACAGGUUGUUUUUGUUUUUUUCCCCACUCCAGGUAUCUGAAAUCCUUUGAAACAUGGUAUAUAUUUUUUUGUCCUCCAGGGUGUGCUGUUCGUAGUUAGCGGAUGGUGUUUUGUACGUUUUUUGUAUGAGCGAGUGCCGUUAGCCUAUCCUGACAACGUCAAACCUGCACACUUCCUGUCAGCUGACUCACUGUGUUACGUCACAUCCUGUCAGGUGAAAUGCCUCAUCAACCGCCACAUCCAUUCCACUCGGUCUGAAAACUCUGCUAUGGGGUGGGGGGAGAGAAAAAAAAAACGUAUUGAUGUUGUUGUUAUGUGGUGUUUGUCAUUUGUACAGAAAAUAAGAGACAGAAACUUUCUUUUUAUUAUCUCUCUGUGCAUUAAAUGACCAUUAUGGGGUCAUGUUGUUUUUUAAGGAUUUCUGUUAGUCUGUAUGACUAUUAUGAUCCAUUUGGACCUGUUUGCCUGCUGUAAACCUGAAUAUGUUUUAGUAUCAGUUUAGGUGUUUGGGGGGAACAAGUCUUGUCUUUUGUUGGAGGAAAUGUGAGGGAGGAGUCACUGGCAUCCUCGGGGACUGAAAACGGUUCGGCAUCAGCUGAGAUCGGAUGCAAUAUUUGAAAAUGUCAUUAUUCAGAAGCUUACUGGGAGUGUCUUUCACCUCAAUUUCCUGAUUCACUCUGAUGUUAAUAACAAUGUCGCAAAGCAGUCCAGUAGGUCUUGCAUGUGUCAGAUCCGUGUAAAGAUUCCCCAUGUGUGGCUGUCAGAAUUGUGUCUAAACUGAAAUUUUAAUGGAAGACAUUUCUAACAGAUAGAAAGGGUAACAAAACUAGACAGCGGUGCUGUUCUGAGUGAAAUGAGGUGAUUGGGGUUUCCAAGCAAACCCAGCCAUUGACUCCGGCUCCACGUUCCCUCCCUGAGGCACCUCUCCUCUCCCUGACCCACCAGUGGAUUGUGAUGCAAUGUUGUGAAUCCAUUUCCUAUUGGAAGAUAUGCCCAGCAUGAAGAGAGAAGUCGAUAUGUUUUAUAGAUAUUACUCAUUAUCAUUGUGAUUAUAUCUGUCUUUUUCUUUAAGGACAAAAAAAAAGCAUUUCAUCCGAAAUGCUAUAUAUAUUUUUUCUGUUUGUCCCAAAAUUAAAUAGUCAGUAGCAACUGUG